GCCGCCAUAUUGGGAAAGAACGGAAGUGAGAGAGGGAGAGGUGGAGGUAGAGAGAGAGAGAGAGAGAGACGGAGAUAAGUCAAUCAGUUUCCGAAAAAGGGCGUCCUCCUCCUCCUCUUCGUGUCUCCGGAGGAAGGGGCGGUCUCAGCGCCGCGGCAGAUCCGGAAUUAGCCCUUGUUCGCUCGGCUCCGUUCGGUCGGUUGGUCGGUCGGUCGGUUCGGUUCCUGCCGACGCUGAAAGUGGACUACUACCUUCAAACAUUUUUUUUUAAGAAUAAGAGCGAGGAGAGAAAGCGUCCGGAGCGAGGGAGGUACGAGCAGCAGAAAAGCGGAAUAACAGAAGAAGAAGAAUAAAGAAAAGUAGGGGCAGAAGAAGAAGAAGAUGCCUCUGGCUCAGCUGGCGGAUCCCUGGCAGAAGAUGCCGCUGGGGAGGACGGCUGGAGAGGAUGCACAUCAUGAUCCCGAGGACUCGGUGGGCGAGGACGAUUCGAUGUCUGUCUGCACGGAUGACGUCCCGAUUAAGGAGAUCAGCAUCACUCACCACGUGAAGGAAGGGUCGGAAAAGGCCGACCCUCGGCAGUUCGAGCUGCGCAAAGUCCUGGGACAGGGCUCGUUUGGAAAGGUGUUUCUGGUGAGGAAGAUCACAGGACCGGACGCUGGUCAGCUGUACGCCAUGAAGGUGUUGAAGAAAGCCACACUGAAAGUGCGUGACCGGGUCAGGACAAAGAUGGAGAGAGACAUCCUGGUGGAGGUCAACCAUCCCUUCAUCGUCAAACUGCACUACGCAUUUCAGACGGAGGGGAAGCUCUACCUGAUCCUGGAUUUUCUCCGAGGAGGCGACCUCUUCACUCGUCUCUCUAAGGAGGUAAUGUUCACAGAGGAAGACGUGAAGUUCUACCUGGCAGAGCUCGCUCUGGCCCUCGAUCACCUCCACGGGCUCGGCAUCAUUUACAGAGACCUCAAACCUGAGAACAUCCUGCUCGAUGAGGAGGGACACAUCAAGCUGACCGACUUCGGCCUCAGCAAGGAGUCGAUAGACCACGAGAACAAGGCCUACUCUUUCUGCGGCACGGUGGAGUACAUGGCUCCAGAGGUGGUGAACAGGCGGGGACACACGCACAGCGCCGACUGGUGGUCAUACGGCGUUCUCAUGUUUGAGAUGCUGACGGGAACGCUGCCGUUUCAAGGAAAAGACCGGAAAGAGACGAUGACCAUGAUCCUCAAGGCCAAGCUGGGAAUGCCGCAGUUUCUCAGCUCCGAAGCUCAGAGUCUCCUCAGGAACCUUUUCAAGCGAAACCCCGGCAACAGAUUAGGAGCUGGGCCGGAUGGAGUGGAGGAGAUCAAGAGGCAUCAUUUCUUCAGCACCAUCGACUGGAAUAAGCUGUACCGCAGAGAAAUCCACCCUCCUUUCAAGCCAGCAGCGGGGCGACCUGACGACACUUUCUAUUUUGAUCCAGAGUUCACAGCUAAAACACCCAGAGACUCGCCGGGGGUCCCGCCGAGCGCCAACGCCCAUCAGCUGUUCAGAGGGUUCAGCUUUGUGGCCAUAACGGAGGAGGAGACGCAACCACUACCCAACGCUAUUGUACAGCAACUUCACAGAAGCACGUCCCAGUUCGCAGACGCCUACGAGAUCAAAGAGGACAUCGGAGUCGGCUCCUACUCCAUCUGCAAGCGCUGCAUACACAAAGGAACCGGCAUGGAGUACGCAGUCAAGAUUAUCAACAAGUCCAAGAGAGACCCGACGGAGGAGGUGGAGAUCCUGCUGAGAUACGGGCAGCACCCCAACAUCAUCACCCUCAAAGACGUGUAUGACGACGGCCGGUCGGUGUUCCUGGUGACGGAGCUGAUGAAGGGAGGCGAGCUGCUGGACAAAAUCCUCCGUCAGAAGUUUUUCUCCGAGCGGGAAGCCAGCGCUGUUCUCUACACCAUCACCAAGACGGUGGAGUACCUGCACGUGCAAGGGGUGGUGCACAGAGACCUGAAGCCCAGUAACAUCCUGUACGUGGACGAGAGCGGGAACGCCGAGUCCAUCAGGAUCUGCGACUUUGGCUUCGCCAAGCAGCUGAGAGCGGAGAACGGCCUGCUCAUGACGCCGUGUUACACCGCCAACUUCGUCGCCCCUGAGGUGUUGAAGAAGCAGGGUUAUGACGCAGCCUGCGACAUCUGGAGUCUCGGAGUCCUGCUCUACACGAUGCUAACAGGUUUCACUCCAUUUGCUAACGGUCCAGAGGACACCCCGGAGGAGAUUUUGGCUCGGAUCGGCAGCGGGAAGUUCUCGCUCAGCGGAGGAUACUGGAACUCUGUCUCAACUGAAGCUAAGGACCUGGUGUCUAAGAUGCUGCACGUCGACCCCCACCAGCGGCUGACAGCAGGGCAGGUCCUCAGACACCCGUGGGUGACGCACAGAGACCAGCUACCCAAAUACACCCUCAACAGACAGGACGCACCACACCUCGUCAAGGGUGCGAUGGCGGCCACCUACUCUGCCCUUAACAGGAAUGUCCCCCCGGUCCUAGAGCCGGUGGGCUGCUCCACUCUGGCCCAGCGGCGGGGGUUGAAGAAGAUCACUUCCACCGCUCUGUGACCUCCUCUUUCUCCUUCACCCCCAUCUUUUCUUCCUCCUCCCGUCAACUCUGACCUCGAUCUGACCUCCGCCGGACCUUCCCUCUCCCUCACUUCGGUCCGGCGGGACAGACUACUGAUGGACCUGGGAACCGCUAACGCCAAAUAGGAGCACAGAGGCCGCCCCCCUCCCUCCUCGAUCUCUCCUUCACCUUUGCGGGCUCUUCUGACUGGAUCUCUUCUGCUGUCUUACCGUAGAGUCUCAGCUUUAGCAUCACUGUUCAGCAGCCGGACUCAGCUGUAAAGAAAACCUUAAAGGGCGAGCCCUACGUUUCUUUUCUCUUUUUGCUUUGGACAAUCAGCGCUAGCUCGCAGACCCAGAGGGCGAGUGCGUGUCAGGAAGAUAAAAGUACUGUAUUUAUUUACUCCAGACGGGGGAAAUCAUAGGAACAAAGUAAUGUAAGGUAUGCAUUUAAAGAGCUAGAGUCUUUGUUAUCAUACUGUGGUCAUGGUUCUGCGUAGCUGUAGAUCCUGCAUUUAAACCUCAAGUAGCCUGAGAGAUGACGGCGUCUGCAGAAAAGGACAGAUGGUGGGAAUCACCGAUUAACAUUCAGCCCGACGAGCAGAGCAGCCUCAGCCUCAAAAUGAUUUUAAAAUCCAAAAAGCUAAAGCAGCGUGUUGGGGUCACUGAAGGUCAAAAAUUUAAUAAAAUCGAACGGGAGGAAAAGUCUUUUUAGCUUAAAGUCCUAAAUUUAUGAAUAGAAAAUGACAAAAUUAAGAGAAAUGAAACAGCAAAUGUUGAUGGGAAAAAUUCCAAUUUUACCUGAAAAAGAAUUUUGCAAAUUGAUUAGAAAAAUAAAUAAAUAAUUAUAUGAGGAAAAAAUGUGAAAAUUAGUAAGAAAAAAAUGGCAAAUUUACCAGAAAAAAAGAAAACACCUCGCCAAUUAAUCCGAAAAAAAUCCACAUUUUGAAAAACAAAAGUGGAACAUUUCAUUAAAUGUUCCACUUUUGUUGGCUCCGUGUGGCGCCGCACACAAACAUAAUGCAUAUCCACCCUCUGUAAUCACGUCACACACAGUGGCACAAAUGUUUUUCUCAUAAAUCUGCCAUUUCUUUAAGAAAAGUAAAUGAAAUAGAUUUUAUUUAACCUUCAGUAACACGCUGCAACAGUCUGCAGCCCCGUGUUGUUUUGAGGAUCACUUUUGUCGGACAAAGAGAGACCCGCUAUCCAGUAUUUUAUCUUUAAUGUGCAAAAACAAAGCAAAGAACAAACAUCUGAGCCGUGUUCUAGUCCAGAGUGUUUGACGGUGGGCUCUUUCAAUCAUCCAGCAAACUUAACGACACCUCCACAUAUUUUUUCUUACUGCCAGUAAAUCCCACGAUAAGAUGCUAGAAUCACUCGCUGUUUGUUGGGAUUUGUUGACAGCAAGAAAAACGUGAUCGGAUUUAUUCUUUGAACAAACAAACAGAGAUCCAGGAAAUCACGGAGGAGUGAUACAAGUGUGGAAACAACACUUGGAGCAGAAAAGAGCCCACUCUGUCUUUUUAACAGUAUUUUUUUUGUCCAGCAUCAAUUUUAAGCUGCACAUGUUGAGCUUUUGCUGCCCCCUGGUGGCCACAGGAAGGGUGUCCUUCUGAAACACUCCUCCCAGAGUAGUUUUUACCAUCAGUAUAACUUCUUCUGGACACUCUGGUCUUAUAUUUAACACUAUUGUCCUGUUAUGUUACUCUUCAAUCUGGUUUUUAAAGAUCAUAAUGUGAUGAAGGGCAUGAGAAUCGAAGACAGAGGUGCUCACUCCUCUUCCUCAGGAGACUGGAGGCAAAGCUUGAGCCUAUCAGCAGCUGGUAUUUCAAAUUUUAGCACUAAAGCUUAAAUAAUAAUGUAAAAUAUCCAAAUAAUUAACUUUAUCUGAACUUCUGAGCGUGAUCAGACUGCUUACUAACAAAUGAGCUGCUGAUAAAACCCUGAAACAUCAGUAAAAUCAGGUGUUUGUGGAGCAGGGCCGAGCACCUCUGAUUUAAAGCUCCGCUCUGGCUUCUCUUGUGCACCUUUAGGAUGUGCCAGUAAAUUUAAAGCAGAAGAAGAGGCCACAGAAGCAGCUUUAACUCUGAGUUUUCUCCUUCUUCCUUCACAAACACAAACUAAAAGGAUGUGUUGCCUGCCUGUAAAUGAGGCUGACAGGUGAAAAAGGCGUUCCUCGCCGACGGUCACGCGGCGUCUGUAUGAGCCGGCUGAUCUCCUCCGUACGUGCAGCAGAACUGUAAAUACAGAACAUGUCGAGCAACUCAGGUUUCUAUGAAUCAAGACAAUGCAUUUUUAUACGUCCACGAGGAGGGGGUGUACAUACAAAUAUUAAAAACAAAGCACACAAGUGUGAGUGGAAGAAGGCGAGCGGGGCACGGGGAGGUGUUUAUCAGACCUGAUAUGGAAAAGAGUUCAGCUCCAAAACCUGAAUCCUUGUUUUUGUCUUUGCUGAUGUCUUACAUUUACUUUUCAACGUGUUCUUUGGAGUCAAACUCUUCUGUCUCGACUGCUGUGGCGCUGUUUCUGCCAGGUGAGCUGGCGUGUGGUGCGUUUCCUGUGUUUGUGUCAGCAAACCCUUUAAAAAUCUGAGAAAAAAAAACACUUUUCAAAACAUUCCAGCAGGAGUCGAAACUACCCGCAAACCACGUUGGGCGUGCAGUCGGAGGUCCAGUGGUGGAGAAAUCAGUGAAAGCAUUAGUUCACCGAAAAUUGUGGACGAUCUUUGUGAAAAGAAUCAGUUCUAGCCACUAAAAUACAAACGUGUCCGUCUUUUCUCCAUUUAAUAUCUCAUUAAACUGAAGGUGUUUGGGGUUAGGCCCGAAUGAAACACUUUCAAGAACAAAUAUCUGAUUAAUUGUGUCAAUAUUGGACUUCAAAUCCUUCAUUCAUCGUCACAGCUCACUGAUUUUACAUCCUGGAUUGAUACGAGCGCCGACGUCGCUGCCAGACGUUGUUACGGCCUGUUAAAUUCCUCCAAAGCUUCCUCGUGUCCACAGUGUUCGUCAUUCAGGGCCAUCAUGUUCCGUCCUCUCUGUGUGUGCCUCUGCUGCAAACAAGUGAUCGUCACAUAAAGCAACAAGUGCGGGACUCAGACUGUGCCAGCUCGUUUUCCACCAGCAGAAGAAAAACAAAAAGACACAUGAAAAAAUUCAUGUUCAAGUCUCUUAAUGGUGUAAAUCAUUUAUGUUCAGAUUGAGGUUCCAAUUAAAAAAUUCUAAAUUAAGAGAAAAAGUUUUAAAACAGAAACUGUAAAUUUAGAAAUAAAUUGUCCCUAAUUAAGUCAGACUUUUAGAUCAAAAUGCUGGAAUGCGACAUUAAACAGCUUUUUAAACUGCAGAGUCACAUGUUAAAGAUGAAAUUAUGAUAUAAGGAGUCCAAAUUUUAUAAAAAAUAAUAGUGAGACAAAGUUUCAACACACCAUUUUAGGCUUUAGAGAUUAAAUAUGAGAUUAAAAUGUGAAAUAUUAAAAGGUAAAGUCAGAUUUUGAAAAACAAAAGUGGAAAAUGUGAAUAAAAAGUUCAAUUUAAAGCCAAAUUCCAUUUUUCAAAACAUAAAAUACUAGUUGAGAUUAAAACAAGUACGAGAUGAGAGAUAAGUACGACACAUUCUCAAAUAACAAAUCAAAUUAUAAGAUAAGUUGUUUUUAAAAUACACAUUUGGAUUCAUCUUAGAUUAAAAAGUCAUUUUUUAUUAAAUGGCUUAUUUUGAACUCAAACACAAAUCUUUGAAAUGAACUUUGACUCUCAGUUAUGACAUCUGAUAUUUUUAACUCAGCGAGACAUUUUUUACUCUGUGGUGUUUGUCCGUGUUCAUCUUUUCCUGGUGGAGAUGAUCUUCCACAGUCACUGAGCUUCUUGCUUCUGCGGGUUAAUGAUUAGAAACUGCUUCCUCUCUGUGGUCGUCUGAGUGUCUGUGAGAAUAAAGGGAUGAAAUGCAGAUUUUCUUUAUGUUUUAUAUAUAAUUAUUGAAUAUAUAUAUAUGUAAGUGUUGAUCUCUUCCUCGUCUAUCCAUGUACAGCUCUGGGAUGAUGAAACAUGAAACGCUGAUUUUGUUUCCCCUCUUUAUGACCAGAGGUAUAGCUUUCUUUCUUCUCUCUUCAUCCUCACUCCUCUUCCUCUCCUUCUCUGAUUUGAUCCUGUCGGAGACGCAGUCAGCCCUGCUGCUACGCCAGCUCUCAGUUUUUGUACCUGCGGCGAGAGCUGGACUUUCUAUUAAAAACAAUAAAAACAAUAAUCAGUCAAA